GCGCUACUCUAGCCAACAUCAAUCUAUCCAAGUUAUACUACGCCGUCGCUUCCUGCACUUGGAACUGUACUUCCCUAGGGUUUUCAACACGCUUGUCCCUCGUUACGGUUAUACACUUUGUUAUCCGCUUAGCUGCAACCAUGGCAGCCCUGAGUAGCAAGUCAGCUCAAGAAAUCAGCGAUUUACUGGACGACUAUGGCAUUAAACACGGCCCUAUUGUCGAUUCCACCCGUGGCCUUUAUGAGAAGAAACUGAAGGCGGCCAUGGCUGCGGACACUCCGGCGAAGCCAUUAUCUGAGAAGACCUACUACAGAGAGGAGGAGGAGAGACCGUUAAAACCACUUUAUGAGAAGAAGCUGAAGGCAGCCAUGGCUGCGGACAGUCCGGCAAAGCCAUUAUCUGAUAAGACCUACUACAGAGAGGAGGAGGAGGAAAUAACUUAUGUUCAUCGUCGUGUCCCACUGAGAAGCGAGUUGGUUAUGGAUAGUGGGAGGUCCUAUUAUACAAACACAGCUAACUACAGGGAGCCUGAAGAUGAAAGUGGAGAUCAGCCCAGCGUGUACCGGUCCGAGGCGCCCCAGCGGUACGUCUCGCAGUCCGAGGCGUCCCGCCGCUACGUCUCGCAGUCCCAGCCGCCGCUCGCGAGGUCCGCCCUCGCUGCCACGCCCCAGAAGGGGAGCGGCUCUCGCUCCGGCCGCCUCAUCCCGCUCUGGCUGCAGUUCCUGGUCUUCCUGGUGGUGGCGGCGUUCCUGUAUUACGUCUUCACCAGUAUGGAGGCCCCCGAGAACAACCCCUUCAAAGGAGUCGAAUGAGCGCUUUUUAUUUUUGCUUUUAUUUUUUUGCCCCCCCCUGGCAUUCUUGUUUCUUUGAUAUGUUUUUAAACAAGUUUUUAUACUCGGAACAUUCAAAGCAGACUCUUUCCCCCGUGGCAGCCGGUGUUGCAAUGAGUCGAUAAGUCCUUUCCAUUGUAAAGUUUUUAACUGCCGUGAGACGGUCAGUCUGACUGCGCAGCGCCUGUACAGGAUUUUAAUGGGUGUGCUGAAACAUGAAUUUUAAGGCCGCUGUGUAUGAAUUAUAUUUUGAUAUUUUAUUACAACUGACAUUGUUCACUUUAUUUGUAAGUGAUGGGAUUGGGUGCUCGCAGCGCAACGCUGGCGGUGUUUUGGAAUGCUAACUCUACGCGGUAGAUGACAUCACGUGCUUAUCGGCCGCUAGCUCUCAGGCACUUUCUGAUGUCACUGUCAGUCUCCGAGGCUUUAAAAAAAAAAAAUCUAAACCCCAUCCUGUCAUGGACCUGGAUCUGUCUCUCGUUAAUGUCGAGAAGGUGUUGACCCGGGGCCUCUUGUCUCCCAAACUGAUCCAGGAACAGUGGCUCUCUGGGCCCCAGAUUACCCCCCUCCCCCCCCCUUCCCACAGCUUCUUAAGGUUGUGCCUUAGCCUUUAGGCUGCUUUGUCUUAAAAAACGGAUGGGCAGCCAUCGUCUAUGUUCUUAGUAUGGCGCCGUUUGUCUUUGGUAGUAAUGUAUUAUGCUUGAGCGUUAUCCUGGAUUAUAUAUGUUUUUUUCCCAUUUUGUAUGCAUAUGUCCUUUUUGUUUCUCUGGGUGCAGGUAGUAUUCUGCGAAUUCUCUGUUUCAGCAUUAGAUUUACAUCUUUACAUCUUUGCUGUAAUGACACCUUAGGGUCUUUGUCCCCGAAUUCCACAGCCGUUUUUUUACAGUAACUGUAAUAAAUGCUAUAUAAAUACUAUAUAAAUGCAGUCCAUUACAGUGCUUUGUGGUCAGUUCCCAUCCAGACCUGGGUACUUUCACCGCUAAAAUUCCCACAGAUGACUGACAACUUAAAAGAAACAUCUAUAUUUAGUCGGAUUGUUUUCAAAUUUUUCCCGGUAUCCAAAGUGUUAAAGUACUUCAACACACGUUACCCUUGGUCUGCAGCGAUCUAACCAUGUUGCUUGUUAUUUUGCAGAAAGGAGAAUAAAUUCGCCUGGCUAAAUUAGAGGCCAAAAUGGGGUCAAUGAUAUUGGUUUUAUUUUCAUGCUUUUCUCUGUGCCGCACUGCUCACUACUCUCUGCUGUAUAUGUAACGUCUCUGAAUAUGAAUGCUUUGCUUUUCAGAUGUAUUCAUGUUGACGCAUUGGGUGAUAAUCCUGAAUUUUCUUUUCUAGAAAGCAUUUGACAGGAAAAAAAAAAAAAAAAAUUUUGUGGUGCUGAUUGUGAUAUGUAUUUCACCCGAAUAAAUUCUGAUUAAAUUUUA